CGCACACACACACACACACACACACACACACACACACACACACACACACUUUCUCCACUUUAUCCAACGUGAAAAAUCCUCCAACGCGGCAGUUUAUCCCACCAGAAGGAUUCCUCCAGCGUGGUGGGAAAAAAUCAUCUAACCUGGGUUUGUCCAACGUGAAAAAUCCUCCAACGUGGCAGUUUAUCCCACCAGAAGGAUUCCUCCAACGUGGUGGAGAUUCCUCCAACUUGGAAACUUGUGUUUGUGUGUGCUUUCACCUGCAAAUUAUUUCACCACCCUCACGUAGCUUGGACUAAAAACAAACAAAAAAAGAGAAAACCGGUCUUACUUAUGAGUUGGUGUUAGGGAGACGCUUGCGUGCCCGCGUUUCCUGCAUGCUUGCGUGCCUGACCCCCUGCUCAUUGGCCUGCCUGCCUGCCUGCCUGCCAGCCUGCCAGCUUGUCUGCCAGCUUUGCGCUCUCUCUUCAUGGCCGCUGCUCGUUUCACCGCCGCACAGGUUCUAGAGCAGAUUUUUUUAAGCCAAUCUAAUGACGACUCUGAACCAGAAGAGGAAUCUGAGGAAGACGUGUCAAGUGAAGAAGAGAAAGAAAAAGGAGAAGCAGAAGAAGCAGAUACAGCAGGACCAGAAACAGAUGAAGGACAAAAAGACAGCGAGGGAUGUGAUCUAAGGCUGGACACUUCAGAUGAAGAAGUUGAUGAUGAAGAAUAUAAUGAUGAUGAUGAUGAAGAAGUUGAUGAUGAAGAAUAUAAUGAUGAUGAUGAUGAUGAUGAAGAUGAUGAUGAAAUAAUAGAAAAUGUGCAAAGACUGGAGCAAAUAGAACUCGAGGAUGAAGAAGAAGAAAAAGAAGAAGAAGAAGAUAAAACUUUUAUCUCUAAAGACGGGAAAAUAAAAUGGUCCUCCGCUGCGUUUCGCAACGGCGAGGAAGCGAGGAACGUCCCUCUUAGUCCUCUUUCUGCCCAGGGACCCACAGAGUACGCGGCGGCUCAGGCGGUCGACUUUGAAUCGACCUUCCGCAUGUUUGUGACCCCGGCGGUGGAAAGGAUCGUCCUGGAGAACACCAACCUGGAGGGCUCUCGAAAGCUCGGGAGCGCCUGGAAGGGCAUGGACGAGGUCGACCUGCGAGCCUACUUGGGCCUCCUGAUUUUGUCCGGCGUCUACAGGUCCCGAGGGGAGGCCGUGGCCAGCCUGUGGGACGCCGAGAGCGGCAGGGCCAUUUUUCGCGCCACGAUGUCGCUCAAGUUGUUUCACGCUUACUCGAAGCUGUUGCGUUUCGACGAUCGCCAAACGAGACCCGCCAGGCGAGCGACGGACAAACUGGCAGCCGUGAGAGAGGUCUGGGACGCGUGGGUGGAGCGGCUGCCCAGCCUCUACGACCCGGGUCCUAACGUGACGGUGGACGAGCAACUGGUACCUUUCAGAGGUCGUUGCUCUUUCAGACAGUACAUGCCUAGCAAGCCAGCAAAAUACGGCCUCAAGUUUUGGGUGGCGUGCGACGCCAAGUCCAGCUACGCUUGGAAGAUGCAGCUUUACACAGGCAAGCCAGGAGGAGGAGGAGGAGGAGGAGGAGGAGGAGGAGGAGAAAAGAGAGCUUCUGAAAAAAAGCAGGGCCAGCGGGUCGUGCUGGACGUCACAGAAGGGCUCGCCGGGCCUCGCAACGUGACGUGCGACAACUUUUUCACUUCCUACGAACUGGGCCAGCGGCUCCUGCGCAGGGAGCUCACCAUGCUCGGUACGGUUCGCAAGAACAAGCCGGAAUUGCCGCCGGCGCUCCUCUCGGUCAAGGGCAGGAGCGCCUUCUCCUCCGCGUUUGCCUUCACUCCCAGCACCGUCCUGGUGUCCUACGUGCCCAAGAAAAACAAAAACGUGAUCCUGAUGAGCACGCUACACUCGGCCGCCACGGCCGCCGACGACGUCCUCCUCGUCGACGCAGGACGGCGGGACAAAAAGCCCUUUGCCGUCCUAGACUACAACGCCACCAAGGGAGGCGUAGACAACCUGGACAAGGUGAUAGGAACCUACAGCUGCAGGAGAAAGACGGCGCGCUGGCCCGUGGCGGUGUUUCACAACGUCCUAGACGUGUCUUGCUACAACGCUUUCGUCGUGUGGCGGGAGGCCCACCCGGACUGGAUGCCCGGCAACCGCAGCAAGAGGAGGGUGUUUCUAGAGCAGCUGGGCAAGGCGCUCGUGACUCCUCUCAUCCGCAGAAGGCGCCAUCCGCCUCGCGGCGAAGCGUCCGCCUCGCUCGUGCGGACGCUUCAGAAGGGGGUUCGGGACACCCGUGCGGGUCCUCCUCCCGCUCCCUGUCCUGCUCUUCCGGACUCGGGGCAGCAGCAACAGCAGCAGGAGCAGCAGGAGCAGCAGGAGCAGCAGGAGCAGCAGCAGCAGCAGCAGCAGCAGCAGCAGCAGCAGCAGCAGCAGCAGCAGCAGCAGCAGGCCCUCACCGCAGACCUCGUCUGGGGUGAAGACGGGGACGAUGAGGGUGACGGAGGAGAACACGACGGCCUCGGUUCCGCCGCUAGCGACCGGGCGCAAAAGGGCAAGAGGAAAAGGUGUCAAAUUUGUCCGCGCGCGAGGGACCGCAAAACAAACAACGUUUGCCAUCGGUGCGAGAGAUACAUCUGCCACAGACAUUUGCUCUUCUGCUGUUCAGACUGCGCCCCUCGCUCCUGAAGAUAAUUUGUUUGUUCAUUAGCAAAUGAAAUAAUAAUAAUAAUAAUAAUAAUAAUAAUCAUAAUACUAAUAAUAUUCCGUGUGUUUUAUACUAUUGUUGAUGUUUUUGUUGUUGUCAGUGUAGUAACACUAUUUACAAACAAAGUGUAACAUGUAAAAGAAAAAUAAUUAAUAAAAUAAAGCAAAAGCAUUUGAAUUAGGGUAUUUUGUUUUUUUUUUCUCCAACCUGGGAAGUUUCCAACUUGGAAACACACAACGUCACGGCCCUCCUUGUAUUCCCACACACACACACACACACACACACACACACACACACACACACACACACACACACA